CUAUGGUUCUAGCUACACGAUACAAAAUUUUUACUCAUAGGUGCAAAGAAAGACGUUUUUUUGUUGUAUUCACUGACUUUAUCACUCGGUGAUUGGACUGAUUAUGUUUUCUAAAUCCACCACUUUAAAGCGUAGGAGGCAUAACAAAACCUCUAAUUUUUUUUUACACGAUCGGUAUUUCAGUUUGUGUAGCACAAAGCCCCAUAAGACAAUAUAUAUACUCUGUAUUUCGUCUGUGGUAAUGAUAUUUAUUUAAAUCGAUCCGAUGUUAUUCAUGCAUAAAAUUGUAGCUAAAGGUGUGUUAGGUGCGUACAGUCGAUAAAGAGAACUGACAAAAUGGCGGUCGCUAAGUGUUAUGUUUAAUAUCAUACUGGUUUUUUAUUCCAAAGCUAUCAUAGAAAACAAGCUACUAUUUUAAUUGUCAGUCAAAAAGGAAACAAUUAAAAAUUAUGAGAAAAAAUUACGCAUGUACAGUGAACAGUGAAAAAUUUGAAAAUAUUAAUCGAACAUGAUUUUUGUGAAUAUUUUUAAACCGUACUCCAAUUGAUAUAUUUUGACAUAUAUGUGAGUUUUGUAUUUAUGCACUAAAUUUUAAAUUAUAAACAAGGUUGUUAUUUAAUUAUGAGAAGAAAGUAACAAGAUUCAGAGAUUCUAUUUAAAAUAUAUAAAAAAUUUUAUGUAAAAACACGUAAAUAAAUAAUCGAAAUUUUACAAAUGUAUGUAAACAAUUUUAAAUAUUUAACUUCCACUUUAGACACAGUGGAUCUAAAAUUUAUAAAGAAUGGUGCAAUUUUUUGCAUACUAAAUUAUAUUGAAUAUAAAACAUUCAAUUUUGAUCAAAUUGAGAAUAAAAAGUCAUAUGCAAAAUAUCACAAGAGAAGAGUAUACAAACAAUAUUACUGCAUAACUGAUGAUCAGAUGAAUUUAUAAUCAUGUAAUCAAGAUAUCUAUAUUCAAGAUACAGAUAUUGACAUCAUGGAAGAUUAUACUCCUAUUGAUGAAGAUUUUCCUGGUCGUCUGCUACACCAAGCUGCUUUGUGGGAUAAUGCAGAAUUAUUAGAAGAUCUUCUAAGAGGGGAGCAUGCACAGUAUAUAAAUAGUCAAGAUUCAUGGGGUAGAACACCAUUACAUGCUGCAGCUAUUACUGAAAAUUCAAGGUGUUUGGAUGUAUUACUGUCUGCAGGGGCAAAUCCAAAUAUUCCAUGUGGACCACGGGGUCAUUACCGGACACCGUUACAUAUUUGUGCAGAACAUGGACAUAGUUCCAACAUUGAAAAACUUUUAAAAUUCGAUGCAAAUCUAAUGAUCCAAGACAAUAAUGGUGAAAGACCAUUAGAUGUGGCUGAGAAAGCUAAGCAAGAUGUCAGCAUAAAUUUGCUCAAAUCGGCAGCUGAAAAGUAUGAAUUGGAAAAACUUGCAGUACAUGCUUCUUUGCGUGCAAUCUGUAUUCAAGGAGAUGUUGUAGCAGCUAAAAAUCUUAUUCAAGGACAUACUUCAGAUUUGGAAUGCAUUAUCAACAUGGCACCAAAUGGUGCAAAUACUCUACUUUUUAUAGCUUGCGAGAUGGGUCACAAAGAUAUAGUUCGUUUGCUUCUGGAUCAUGGUGCAGAUUGCAGAAUGCAUCCUGUUACCAAAUAUUGUCCAUUAUAUAUAGCUUGUUACAAUGGUAAAGUAGAAAUAGUGGAAUUGCUUCUCCGACACUUUCCUAAACAAGUACAAUCUUUAACUGUGGAGAAAUGGUUACCAAUUCAUGUGGCAACUAUAAAUGGUCAUCAUUUAGUUAUUGAUUUACUAUUGAAAUUUGAAUAUCCACAAACUACGUAUCAACGCUAUAAAGACUCAUCCGGAGAGUAUGAAUACGAAAUGCCAUUUGAUAUCAAUACUCAGGACGUUACGGGACAAAAUGUUCUUUAUAUAUCUAGUAUGCUUGGAAACAUAAAAAUCGUAGAAUUACUACUAAAUUAUAAAGUAAAAGCAAGAAAAAUCAAAGAAGAAGAUAUGGGGGUGGCGCAGCCACUCCCGAUGUCUAAAAGAAAGAUUUCGAGCGGUAUACAAAGAUUGAUGUCUAGUUUAAAUUUUAGAAGCAAAGCGUUCGAUAAAAAGGAUGACAAUAUGAUAUGUCCAUUAAUCUUAGAUUUGUAUUGCAACAAUGUUACCGAAACUGCUUUACAUGCGGCUGUAAAAGGCAAGCACACAGAAGUCGUUACCGCUUUAUUAUUGGCAGGUGCCGAUCCUAAUUUGCCUGUAAAAGUUCCUUACGAUCAGAGUGAUUCAGAGAGUAAUUACUCUAGCGCGUUAAUUAUAGCUUGUCAACAGCGUGACAUAAAAAUUGCAGAUCUUUUACUGAAGCACAGUGCUGUAGAUAAUACAUGCAAAGCAAUCAAAAUCGCCGCACAAAACAGAGACGAACCUCUUACGGCAAAACUUUUAUCUAUAAAAGCUUACCCUGAUUCAGAAUACAAAAUUAACAAAAAGGCUAUGACCGAAUGUACCCAAACUUCUCACUUUUCUGCACUAUCCUCUUUUGGAAACGUAACGUAUUCGACGCUAUUUCCAAAUACACCAACGAUGAUUAAUUGGCAUGAUCAACAAUGUCAUCUUUCACAAAUACGUGCUCAGUGGUUGACAGAUGCCGUAUUACACGUAAAUAAAAAGCUGAGUGCUAAAAAUAACGAUUUGGUGUUAUAUGCUAUCACAAGGAUAGAUAUCUCUCUUAAUUCUAUCACUUCCGUACCACCUAUCAUAUUUUAUUUACAAAGCCUGCGAUACCUCAAUAUGGCUCAAAAUAAAAUAGACACUCUUACAGCUGAACCAAAAAGUCCUAAAGACAAAUUGUGUCCAGUUUUGGAAGAGAUGUAUCUUCAAGACAAUCGAUUGGAACAAUUGCCGGAAUUCAUAAUGAAUUUACCUGCAUUGGAGAUCAUGGAUGUUUCAAACAAUAAAUUGCAGUGUCUUCCAGAUAAUUUAUGGCGAGCACCGAAAUUAAAGGAAUUGAACGCGUCGUUUAAUCUGUUGAAGAUUUUACCUAGUCAAGUUUCGCAAAAUAUUUCACGAAAAACACAAAGGGAGGAUUGUUUAAACAAUAGUCCUAGCAGUCGAAGUUUAGCAUCGCAAUUGGCUAUAUCACGUGAAGAUUCCUUGGAGUUUGAGUCAUUCACUAAAAUAGCAAAUGCACAAAUUAUCGAGAUGGAUCGCCCUCAUGUUUGGACUAAAUCCGUUCAAGUAUCGGAAAAGGUUUCAGACGAUAAUGAAAGUGGAGCAAGGUCGGUGCUUACAUCCCUGAACUUGGCGCAUAAUUUAUUUAAUAGUAUUCCAGUAGCUUUGCCAUGCUUAGCUGUUAAUCUAGUGAGAUUAAAUAUGGCUUAUAAUUCUCUUCGAUCUAUGAGCCAUAUAACAUCAUAUCCGGCGAGUUUAAAACAGUUAGACUUAUCCAAUAAUCAAAUCUCUCGAUGGCCCAGUUUACCACAAGUGGAGGGUGCUGACUUGAUGGAACAAGCAAAUACUGCGUGUUAUUGUCCCGCAACAAAUGUACAGUCACCAAUCGUUCCAGGCAGUAACAGACAAACGGCUACAUCAUUACGCGAUGUAGUUCUCAUGUCGGUUUGCACGCAUAGACGUCACUUACGCUUAGAGAAUUUAAGAACAUUGAUUCUUGCUAACAAUCUGUUGAGUAGAAUUCAAUUAACAUCGAUCGAUGACGGGGAAAUGCCAAAUUUAGAAGAGGAAAAUGUAGACAGAGACACAAGAAUCACUUAUUCUGGCUCAAAAUUGUAUCUUCUGUUUCCUAAUGUUAGUAUGCUCGACGUUAGCAAUAACAAAUUGAAAGAAAUUCCCCAGAACAUUUACGAGCUUAAUAAUCUAUCUGUUUUAAAUAUAAGCGGUAAUCCGGAAAUCAUCGAAUUGCCACCACAAAUGGGUCUGCUUUCCCGUUUGUGGAAUUUAAAUACUCAAGGUUGUAGAUUGCAAGAACCUUUGAAAACAAUGAUCGAGUCGAAAAAAUAUAAAACAAUGGACGUGAUUGGGUAUUUAAAAUCAAUUUUAGAGGACGCUAAACCGUAUGCACGCAUGAAGUUAAUGAUCGUAGGAAUUCAAGGUAUCGGUAAAACUAGCUUAUUGGAACAGUUGAGACAAGAGGGUGAAGUUCCAAAUAAAAAAAAAGCUGCAGAACACUGGGCAAAACGAAUGGGUAAUAAAAAUAUUAACGCGAAGACUGCCAGAGGAACAACGAUAUCUACCGUUGGCGUUGAUAUAGGAGACUGGAUUUAUGAAAAAAAAGUGAGAGGUCAAUCAUCCCAUGGCCCAGUUUAUUUUAGAACGUGGGAUUUUGGUGGCCAGAGAGAAUACUAUGCAACACAUCAAUACUUUUUAUCUAAACGAAGUCUAUAUUUGGUUGUAUGGAGAAUCAUUGAUGGUUUUAAAGGUGUAUCUGAAAUAUUUCAAUGGUUAGUAAAUAUUCAAAGCAGAGCUCCGAAUUCUCCAGUAAUCAUUGUUGGCACUCAUUAUGAUAUAUCGUACGAGCAUAGCGAGGCGUUACAACAAUAUAUCCGUGAUAAGUUUAUAAACGUGGUUGACGCUGAAAAAUGUGGCUUACCAAAAGUCAUGGAGACAAUUGAAGUGAGCUGUAAAACGAAACACAAUAUAAAAAUGCUAUGUAAUUUGAUAUACGAUGUUGUAUUUAGUUUAAGAUCACCCGGAAGCAAAGAAUUAUUGCUUGAACAAAAAGUUCCUGCCAGUUAUCUUGCCUUGGAAGAUGUGGUAAUACAGCUUGCACAUGAUAGGAAAUUGUCUGGUGCAGAUCCGGUCUUAAAAGCUGAUCAGUAUUACACAGCCGUUAAUAACGAGCUUCAAAAAUUGCAUAGAUCAUUUAGAGAUCCUGCUGAACUACAUCAAGCAACACUUUUUCUUCAUGAAAAUGGUAUUAUUUUACAUUAUGAUGACGCUACGUUAAAGGAUUUAUACUUUCUUGAUCCACAGUGGCUUUGCGAUAUGUUAGCACAUGUAGUAACAAUACGUGAAAUUAAUCCUUUUGCCAGGUGUGGUAUAAUGAAAUUAGACGAUAUUCAACAUGUUUUUAAAUCCUCUACGAUAUCGUCUAUAGAUACCCAAGGAUAUAUCGUUAGCUUGUUAAAUAAGUUUGAAGUUGCGUUAACUUGGGAUUAUCGUACUCUAUUGAUUCCUUCUUUAUUGCCAACUGAAGAAGAUAUUUUAAGAAAUAAUCAAAUAAUCAAAAUUCCUGUAAAAACACGAAGCUGGCACAUACGUUCUAAAAAGAUUACAUCUCCGAUGAUAACAUUUCAAAAUUCUACUGGAGAAAGUAAAUCAAGUACGGAAUGUGUAUUAACGUCUAGGUCACAACCAGAUUGUUCUGUCACACGGCUGCUUUUAAUGUCUUAUUUUCCUAGUGGUUUUUGGUCGAGGCUCAUAACUAGAAUUUUAGCCGACGAUGCUAUUGUUGAGAUUGUGAUGUCAUUUCUAGCGCCUUUCAAAGAUUUCGUUGAUGAUAAUAUUUUUAUAAGCUUGUUAGAUACACAAGCUGAGUGGGUACUCUGGCAAACAGGGAUAGAGUUAAAAUAUUCUAAUAUUACUUUACUACGCCUCAAAGAAGUCAAUUAUAACUUAAAGAAUUCACCGUAUGACUAUAGACAAUUUAAAUUUAAACUGAAACAAGAUGGAAUAUGGUGUACAGUAGAUUUGAAGAAUUCGGCAAUUUUAGAAAUUUGGUUUCCAGUUGAUACUUUAGUGAUAAAACAACCCAUUAUGUCAGACUCAGCCGAAGAAGAACCAAUGGGCUAUCAAGCAAUUGUAGUAGAACCUCGACCAGAAAGUAUGCCACAAUUAUUGGCGCUAAUAGUCGAUCAUAUUGAUAUUUUAUUAGAAGAUUGGUAUCCUACAUUAGGAACACGUUUUGUGCAUACAUCCGAGGGUAAACUAUUAGUCACACGAUUAAUACCGUGUCCACGUUGUUUAUUAAAUAAUGGAGAAAACGAAAAUGAAAUUAGUGAUACUGAUCGUUUGACGGAAGAUAUUCAAAAAUAUUAUAUAAAUAAAGAAAGACAAAGUCAGGAUAGUUAUAAAUCUGAUGGCGAUAGCGGUGUAGGAUAUGAUAGCUUAACAUCAAGCAGAAUGCCAUCUUUAGAGGGUCAUCCAGAUAUUAUUAAACAAAGCACUCAGUUUGAAGGUAUUUUAGCAUAUUCCUGGAUGGUUGAAGAAUGCAUUUUGUCUGCCUAUAGUAAUAAACCAAUUAGUUGUCCUAAACACUCUGAUAUACCAUUGUCACAUGUAGCUCCAGAUAUUAUUUUUAUGGAUUUAGGAUCGAAACACUUAAUAAAAUCAGAGGAUGUUAAAUUAGGGAAAUUAUUAGGUCGUGGAGCAUUUGGAUUUGUAUUUAAAGGUGUCUGUCGCUUACCAGGAACUUAUCACAAAGUUGAUGUUGCCAUUAAAAUGUUGCAACCAGUUCCGCCAGGUCCAAAUUCAAAACAAUCUGCUAUUCUUGCUUAUAAAGCUGCACAAAGUAAAUGGGAUAGAGAUCCUUUACAGUAUGCUUGUAAAGCCUACUGUACUGCAAGACAAGAAUUAAAUAUUUUGUUGACACUCAGACAUACAAAUAUUGUACCUCUAAUUGGAAUAGUGGUCAGUCCACUAGCACUAGUACUAGAUUUGGCACCAGAAGGUGCAUUAGACAAUGUAUUGAAAAAUUACAGACGUUCUGGUGCUAAAUUAGAUCCAUACACAUUACAAGCUAUAAUUCUCCAAGUAGCAAAAGCAGUAGAAUAUCUUCAUCAACAACAUGUGAUUUAUAGAGACUUAAAAUCAGAAAAUGUUUUAGUUUGGCAGAUGCCUUUGCCAUUUCAAGAUUACCCUGAACAUCCUGUUCAUGUUAAAGUAGCUGAUUAUGGUAUAUCCAGACUUACAUUACCAACUGGUGCUAAAGGAUUUGGAGGAACAGAAGGAUUUAUGGCACCUGAAAUUAUUAAAUAUAACGGCGAAGAAGAAUAUACUGAAAAAGUUGAUUCUUUUUCAUUUGGAAUGUUUAUAUAUGAAUUGAUCACUUUAAGACAACCAUUUGAGGGUCAUGAAGCAGUUAAAGAAUGUAUUUUAGAAGGUGGAAGACCACCAUUAACAUACAGGGAAACAUUUCAUCCUUGUUAUGCUCUUGAUUUAAUGGUUAUAUGUUGGGCUCAAAAUCCAAAAGAUAGACCUACUGCAAGUCAAAUAGUUUCCAUUGCAUCAGCACCUGAAUUUACGCAUCUUAUAGACGUCAUAUUAUUAACAGAAAGAACUCAAGUAACUGCUAUUACUAUGACAAAUAGAACUAUAGAAGAAAAUUUAAGUGGAGAUGAAAUUUGGUUUGGACAUAAUAAUGGUGAAGUUGAUAUGUUAUUAGGAACACAGAAAGGUUGGUUACAACAUGUUAGGAUUGAGACUCCUAUAAUACCAUAUGCAAUGUGUGGAGUAGAUGGAUACAUAUGGAUUGGUGAUGAUAUAGGGCAAGUGCAUGUUUAUUUAGGCAGUAAUUUUGGUUGUGUUGCCAGUUAUAAUCUUGAACCUGAUCAUAGUAUGGAAUCUAAAAUAGUAGGUCUAAUUUAUUUGGAACAAAUAAAACAAUUUGCAGUAGCACUGCAUAGCGGUAAGACAUUUCUAUUGUCAAAUUCUUUCACACAAAUGAAAAAGAUGGAAAUUACAACUGAUAUUCAAGAUAAUAUAAAGACAUAUUCCUUGGCAGCUGUUUAUAAAAAGAAACGAAUAUUGGAGUUAUGGGUGGGACAAAGUUUUGGUAAAGUAUCAAUUUAUGUUUUAAAAGACAACAGCUUAAUAGAUACAGUACAACUUUCUCAUGUAACUGGGGAAACAGCUAUUAAAAAUUUAUUUGCUACACAUUUAUUGAGUGCUGAAAAUUCUGUGUUAUCAUACACAUAUCCUGGAUGUAUUGUGUAUCAAUGGGAUGUGGAUACUAGGCAAAUAAUAAAUAAAUUAGAUAUGUCUAAAUUAGUACCUUGUUCAGAAAGUUUAAAGUCCAUUUCUAUAGAAGAAAAUUUAUCAACAGAAAAGUGCCAAGUAACAGCUUUGGAAGCUUGUAGGAAUCAGUUAUAUAUUGGUACUACUUGGGGAUGUAUUGUAGUAGCUGAAUGUAACUCUCUUAGACCGAUUACCGUUUUCAGACCUUUCGAAGGUAAAGUAUGUCAAAUAAUAUCAUUUAAAUCAACAGAUGAAAAGAAAUUAGUACUAGCAACUGUUGGCCAAGGUUACAGAAGUUUAAUUUCACGAUAUACAGAUUUUCUGAUUGACAGUUUAGAUGCAGAAGAUCUUAAACAUAGUAUGUAUACUCUCUUAUGGAGAUCUGAACAUUGGUCAGCUGCUUAAUUAUAAUUUUUUAUGACAAGGUAAAGCCAAGAGUGCUUUAUGGUGCAAAGAUAAAAGUGAUAUAACUGGUUGAGAAUUCUAUACGUCCAUGAUAUAUUUUAGUCUGUAGACUUUAAGCUUUCUAUCUUGCCUCAUCUUGUAUUUUUUGAGCUGAAGAUAAAAAUAUUUAUCUUUUAAUAUGUCCAAGCUAUAUGGUGCUUGAUUGAUAUAUUCUCUGCAAAUCUUCAUUUACAAAAUAAUCAUAAUUUAAGCAGGAUAUUUUUAUCUUUAUGUGAUGUAUCACAAUAUAGUUUUAUAACUUAUUAUAUAAGUACUUAGAUUUUUAAAGUAAUGAUACAUUCAUUUAAUAAAAAGGAAAAGGUAGAAAAAGGGAUUAUUAGCCUCGCAACAUAUUUGAAAAAUUAUUUAAUGAUCUCUGAAAUAUCACAAAAUAUUUGUAUAUCGGAUACAGUUUAGCAUAUGUGCUUUUAGUUGAUGGAAAAUCGGCAAACAGGUACAAUUAAUGUAAUACCAAUGUAACAUAUUUGUAUAAUGUCUGCUUAAAAAUCUUUCUUGAUAUAGUCUAAGACUAAUGAGUGAUAAAAAGUAAUGAUUACAAGAUGGUUUUACUACUAAAAAGAUUAUCAAAUUAGUAUAAAGCCAAAUUUUAUUAUAAUUAUAAAAAUGUGAAAGUGAAUUUUUUUAAUAAUAAUUAAACUUAUUAAUAAUGUAUAGCAGGGUGUGUGUUAAGAAUGAAAAGUGAAUGUUAAGAGAUAUGAUCUAAUGCUGGUAGUUCUUCCAUAGUUUCAAUGUUAUACUUAAGAAUUAGGUCUUGA